AUGUCGAACUCAGGUCAAUCCAACGUCGGAAACCGCAGCAUCUACGAGGCAGGCGACCAGCGCAACGUCCCUGUAUCCGAGCUCCAAGAGCGGGCCCGCUAUGCCGAGGGUAUGCCCAAUAGCCACAAGCACCUCGAUUCUAAGGACGGCCGCUCCAUUGCCAACAAGCUUGCCUCUCAGGAGAACAAGCCUGACUCCACACACCACCACAAUAGCGAGUACGACGCUGAGGCCGAGUUGAGCAAGCAAAAUCCUACCAAGCCUGCUACCCUCCACGGCAAUGCUCCGUCCAAGGGUGCUAAGAUUGAUGCUGAGCUCCAGGCUGAUGAUGAGCAGCGUCUGCGGGAGAAGGGCAUUAAGCACUAA